UUUUAAAAUGAAAAUCAUUGAAAUCACUAAGAUUUCCCCUUUUUUAUGUACACAAGAAUACUUGUAAAAGAAUCAGAAUCGGUAUUGGUAUCGGGUGUCACUUGGUACCACAUCGACAAGAAAAUCAGUGGUAUUGCCCAUCCCGAAGUGAAAUAGAUCCUGAAUCAGCCUCCUCCUUGUGCAAAAAAGCCCGCUCUCGUGCGUUGCUAGGUAGUUGUUAACAAUCCCCGGCCCUGGUUGCCAUGCUCGUCUUGCACGCACGAAACAGGACCUCCUAAAGAGAGCUGACGCGAUUGGCUGGCCGUAUGCUUCUAGUCAAUCGAAGAGAAGUUUCUUCAGUUUGGUAGUUGAGAAUUGAUCACAUUCCAUUUGAAAAGAUGUCGACAAAAAGAGCUAUCGGUAAUGCAGAGUAUUUGAAAAAACGCGUACCCCAGAAUCCGAAAUACCAGCAUGUUAAAUCGAGGCUCGACACAGGCUGCAGCCUGUCAAAGUACAUGGAGAGAUUGGAGGACAUUAAAAAGAAUUACAGGUAUAAGAAGGGCGAGCUCUUCAAAAGGCUGAAAGUGACGACGUUUGCGCAGUUGGUUAUCCAGGUUGCGUCGGUGUCGGACCUGCACGACAUCAUGUCAGACGGGGAAACGUCCCGGCUAGAGGGCAGCGUCUCUGUGCUGUCUGAGGGGGACGCGGAUCGCCUGUCCGAACCGGCCAACGGGUCGCCCCGGGCCCACCCCGAGCAGCUGGCCGGCACUAACGGGGACGCGGGGGACGCGGGCUGGUCCCCGAGGUCUACUCUGCAGAGCGUCAUCAGCGGCGUCGGGGAGCUGGACCUGGAGAAGAACGGUCAGAGGGGCGGGAGCGGGAGCGGGACCGGGACCGCCACCCCGGACUCCGGCCCCGGGGCCCAGGAGCUGCCCUACCCCGACUGCCCCUACCUGCUGCUGGACGUCCGGGACAGGGACCAGUACGAGCAGUGCCACGUCAUCAGCGCGUACAGCUACCCAGUCACUACUCUCUCCCGCACAAUGAACCCUUACACCAAGGAAGUGCUGGACUAUAAAAACGCCCCGGGCAGGAUCAUCGUGGUGUACGACGAGGACGAGAGGACGGCCAGCCAGGCCGCCACCACCAUGUGCGAGCGCGGGUUCGAGAACCUGUUCAUGCUCUCGGGAGGGCUGAAGGUGAUCGCUCAGAAGUUUCCGGAAGGCUUGACGACGGGCUCCUUCCCGGCGCACUGCCUGCCGUCUCCCUCGGCGACCGGGGGCCGGCGGCGACCCGCGCCCCCCCAGGCGCCCCCUCCCGCGGAGAGGAAGUGGCGUUUCACCCCGGAGGACCUCAACAAGAUCCAGCAGCAGAUGGAGGAGGUGCUCGUCCCCAGCACCACCAGCAGUCGGCUGAGCCGGAUGUCGGUGAGCAGUGCCCAGUCCACGGUGUCCAGCGCCAGGAGCCGCCAGUCCCUCUCCUCGGCCGGCUCGGACAGCACCAGGUCCCAGAGCAGCCGGCCCUGGAAAUAGGCCCCGCCCCUCCCACCUCCGCACCCCACCCCACGCCACGCCCAACCGGGUUUCCCACAGCCCCGC